GCCGAAUCCAAGUAAGAUUCUUCUAGCUUUUUAAUUCUAAAUUACUAAAACUUGAAACGACCAACGAAAUCAUGUGUUAUUUACCCCUCUUGAAUUUGACCACCUGUAGCUUCUCUCUCUUCUUUUUAAUUCAAAUCAACACUUGCUCUUCUUCUUCUCCAUCAACAUGGUUUUUCUUUAUGCAUGUGAGAAUAGAGCACCAGAAACACUCGGUUAGCUGUUUUCUUUUCUUGUAGGAGCAGUCCAUGAAAUAUUAAAGGACAAAGUAUAAUAUUUAUAGAAAAAGAAGUCGUCCAAACAAAGAUACAGAGAUGAAGAUGAUGAACAGAAGAAGAAUGUUUACAAGGAAUAAGAGAAUAGCCAAAGAGAAAGACUAUGAUAUUGAUUUGCUUUUGAGCAUCGACCAUGCAGAGGGCUUAGACAACCCUAGCACCUAUCCUUCAGUAACCACCAGGGAUUACCGUGUUGUAUUUUGGGUUCACCCAGAUUAUCAACUUGCAACAUCUUGCGAUGUAGGCUCUCCAGAUCCUGUAUGGAACCAGAAGUGUCGUUUGAAGUUAGACAAGUCCAGGGAUUGCAGCUUUUUGUAUGUUGAGGUGCUUAGGUAUGGAUCCUCCUCUGAGAGUAACCCAGGAACCUCUAAUGGCAUAAGCUUGGUGGGUAGGGCUCAGAUACCUCUACCGAACUUGUCAAGUAAAACUGAUGGCCGCUAUGGACUUGUGAGGCCUAAAGAUGAUGGAUAUAAGGCUGAGGGACACAUUACUCUGUCAAUGAAAUUGAUGAAGAUAGAUAUAAUAUAACGAGCGAAGGCCAAUGAUGAAAUUAUAGCUACGAUGACAUCUUCUUCUUCUUCUUCUUCUUCUCCAAAAAAAAAGGGGGUACGCAC